AAAGAUUGAUAUCACGUCUGAUCUACAAGUGAGAUCCCCCCAAAAGGGGGCGUCUGGCGGCGUCCCCGCCGCCACGCCGGGAGUCACUCCCUGGUCUCCCCCGAGGCUGAAGCCGGGCUCACUUCGGGGAUCCCACGAGGCUGUGCCUGAGGCCGGCCCGGGAGGCUGCGGCCGCGCGUGGGAUUCAGGAACUUGCUGCCCGCAGCUUCCCUUUUCUCUCCGGGAGGCUGGGCUUGGCCUUCGUCCCGGUCUGGCGCCAAUUGAAGGGGGCCCCUCGGCCGCACGGCUGGGAAAUGAGGGGCCGCGAGUAGGGGCCACCGCCCCCGGGGCCGGAGCUCCUCUCUCCGUCCUGACUCUGCACCGGCAGCCAGGAGGUCCGGAGCAUGGCGGCCCCGAACAGCUCCCAGCCCAGCCUGUGCGACCCCUUCUGGGCGCGGCCCUUGGCCGGCCUGUACGGCGCCGUGUUCGUCGGGGGAGCGGCCGGCGGCCUCUGCAUCCUGUUUGAGCUGGCCAAGAUGAACUCGCUGUCGGUGACCACGGCGGCCGUCAUCAACCUGGUGCUGGUGCACGGGCUCUUCCUGCUGACGGUGCCCUUCCGCCUGGUCUACCUGGUCCGGCACGAGUGGUACUUCGGGCUGCCCUUCUGCAAGGUGGCCAGCGCCAUGCUGCACCUGCACAUGUACCUCACCUUCGUGCUCUACGCCGGCAUCCUGCUCGCCAGGUACCUGGUCUUCUUCAGGUUCCGAGACAAGGUGGAGUUCUACCGCAAGCUGCACGCCGUGGCCGCCAGCGCGGCGCUCUGGGCGCUGGUGCUGCUCGCAGUGGUCCCGCCGCUGCUGACCCAGUACGGCAACCUGGGCGACUACGACCGCUCCAGGUGCUUCGAGUUCCAGGGGGAGCUGCGGGCCGUCUGGGUCAGGGCCAUCAACUACGCGGCCGCCGUGGCCGUCAUCGCCGUGGCCCUCGGGCUCCUGGCGGUCCAGGGCGUGGCCUUGGCGGCCACGGGCCGGAAGCUGCCGCGCGCGCGCCUGGCGCACCAGGAGUUCUGGGCGCAGCUGAAGAACCUGGUCUUCGUGGGCGUCAUCUUCGUGUGCUUCCUGCCCUACCAGUGCUUCCGGCUCUACUACCUCGGGGUGCCGGCGGCCUCGGACCCGUGCGGCCCCGCCGCGCUCUACAACGAGAUCUUCCUGGGCGUCACCGCCCUCAGCUGCCUGGACCUGCUGCUCUUCUUCCUCUGGGGCAGCCGCUGGUUCAAGAACAAGGUCCUGGAGCUCCUGAGCUGCCGCUCCUGCUGAGAGAGUCGGCGGGGGGAGGGGA